GAUAUGUUGACGUUUCGGCUAAUGUGGCAACCCGGUGAGCCAUAUGUUUUGCAGACGACAUGAAUUGUCAAUUUGUGGAAAGUAAUUCGAAAUGGAUGCACUCAGGAACUUUAAAGAUUUUCUCUUAGUGUUCAACAAAAUGUCAGAAACUUGUUUCACGCGAUGCGUGAACACAUUUCAGACUAGAGAGCUGACUGAAGAUGAGGAUAAAUGUGUUGAAAUGUGCUCAACGAAGAACAUUAGAGUCAACCAUAAAAUCAUGUCUGUGUAUAUGGAAGUUCAACCUCUAAUUGUGCAAAAGCGAGUGGAAGAGAUGGAGAAACUUAACCCACCACAAGCAGUCGCAGAAACUAUUCCUGAAGUUGCUGAAAUUAACACAGUUGCACAGUCAGUCAUAAUAGCAGAAACUGAGCCUCAACAUGUUUCACAAGAGACCUCAUCUUUAGAGCCUCAAGUUGUGUAAAAUAGUGACACAUACCAACAGGACAGAAAUGAAUCAGUGUUAUUGCAUUGUGGUGUUACUAGGUUUGCCUGCCAGUGGAAAGAGCUGGUUAGCAGGAAGAUUAUGUAGUUUUUUAACAGAAAACAAUUGCAUUGUGAAUUGUGCAACUUUUGAUACUAUUGUGAGUUUAGAAAAACAGGCUGAAAUUGCUGUUUCGUCAUCUAGUGAAAUAACAAAGCAUUACCGUCGCGAGAUGAAAGACACUGUGGAGUCUUUCUUGAAAGUGCCCAAUCCUUCUUCCAAAAAGUGUGUCGUAAUUGUUGAUGAUAACAACUACUAUCGAAGUAUGCGGUAUGAAUAUCAUCAGUUAGCGGCCAAAUUCUACACAGGCUACCUUCAAAUUUAUGUCAAAUGCGAAGUGUCUGAAGCGUUACUCCAAAACAACAGUCGUCCGCAAAGCAGCCGUGUUCCUGACAUUGUAAUCACUCAAAUGAACACCAAAUUUGAAGAUCCCUGUGAAGCGUGGGAAAAUUCUUUGACGAUUGGACACAUUGAUUUAAAUGAUACAGAAAUAUUGAACAAGAUAUGGAAUUACAUCCAGAAUGCUGUGGAUAGUCCUGUCUCAACAUUGAAGACUCUAGAAGAAAAGAAGCUUGCGUCCGAGCAAAGCAAACUACGCAACGAUCACAACAUCUUUCACAAUAUCGACAAAGUUCUUAGAAAAAGAUUAAACCAAUGUAUACGCGAACGUAAAGAAGAAAAAGACGCUCGUGUAUUGGCAGCACAACUAAACGACACUCGACAAUCUAUUUUGGAAGGGAUCAAAACAGGCGCCAUUGCAAUCCCGACAGACAUUCUGAAGGCGGAUGGAUCCAUCGAUUUAUCUAUCCUUGAGGUUUGGUCCAUUUCAGCUUUUAUCCAGAGGUGUCCGUUAUAACAUGGACAUGAUUUGGUCAUACUAGAAUACAAUUUGUUAAAAAUAGCUGAAAUAAUAAUAAACAACACAAUAGAGAUCA